AUGGAUCCUCUUUCCACCGCUGCAAGCAUCAUCGCCUUGAUACAGGCAUCGGUGGCCGUUGGAAAAGGAGUGAAGAUACUCCUCUCUCUUCGCCAUGCUCCGGCGGACUUUUGCGAGCUCGUUGAUGAGUUGACGGCACUUCAGGGUGUUAUCGAGCAGGUCAAGAGUCCGCUUCAGGAAUUGGAGAAGGGAGAUAUUGCUCUUCCGGCGUUGGACGUCGUCCCGACGCUGGCUUUGAGACAGGAUCUAGAGAGUAUACAAGAGGAGCUGCUCGCUCUGUGUCAUCGUCUCACGGGAACAACGUCUGGCGAUGAAAUGAGCGGGCAACUUCGAGUCUCAAUGUCGAGGUGGAUCCGGGAGAGAAGUAAUGUUGCCAAGCUAAGAUGCAAGGCAAGCAAGACCAAAACAUCUCUAAUCCUUUGUUUUGGCGCUCUAACCUCCUCACAAAGGUAA